GAUUUUCAAUUUUCAUCUGUCAGCCAAACCUCGAACAAGCGUACGUCCACCUGUUCCUCCGGGCUUACGCAUAUUUUCAUUGUUUUCGCAUUGUUAUUGCAACGUGUGUAUCCUCGUAAUACUCAUGUCUUUGGAACGUGCAGUUCGCGCUAAACUCGCUUCCAAGCGAGACCCCCAACAAGAGAAGGAAGCCCAGGAAUGGAUGGAAGCGGUGUUGGGAUAUAAAUUUCCCAAAGGCUUUCCAUUGGAAGAAUACAUCAAAGAUGGCCAAGUACUGUGCAAACUCAUCAACACCAUUAGCCCAGGAAGUGUAACCAAAUACAACACUACCGGUGGACAGUUCAAAAUGAUGGAAAACAUUAACAUUUUCCAGAAGGCCAUCAAACAGUACGGAGUCGCGGACAUUGACGUUUUUCAGACCGUCGACCUAUGGGAAUGCAAGGACUUCUCCCAAGUCAUAAUGACGCUGUUCGCUCUGGGCCGCGAGACGUACAGACAUCCGGAAUGGAAGGGACCUUACUUGGGACCAAAACCCUCCGAUGAAGCUAAACGCGAAUUCUCCGAGGAAACCCUGAAAGCCGGCCAAACCAUCAUCGGGUUGCAGGCUGGACAAAACAAAGGCGCCACGCAAGCGGGCCAAAACAUAGGCGCUGGCAGGAAGAUCAUCAUCGGCAAAUAAUUGCACCAUACGAGUACCAUUUAAUAUAAUAUAAUAUUAUAAUUAUUUAUAUAAUAUAUUAUGUUAUGUUCACACAUUUAUUAAUA